AUGAAACUUGUAAACCACUGUUCAGUAUUUCAGGCAGAGCUGACAGCAAUUCUUCGUGCUCUAAGGGUACUGUUGAUUAAGAAAACACCACCCAAAAUCGCAAAUAUAUUAAGUGAUUCGAGGUCAGCCUUACAAUGCAUCGAAGAUCCAGAUAAUCUGCAUCCCAUAGUUUUUGAAAUACGGAAAACUUUAGAGGACCUGAAAGAAGCCGGCGGGCUGGUCAAUAUGUUCUGGGUUAAGGCACAUGCAGGUAUACCAGGUAAUGAACGGGCCGAUGAAAUAGCUAAAAAAGCAGCCCUCACUAAAAAAUCUGCCCCUGUGUAUGAUGCACUCCCGGUCUCCUCAGCAAAGUGGAUCCUGCGACAGGAGACAUUGAACAAAUGGCAGAGCAAAUACACCACUGAACCUCAAGGCGCUGUUACGAAACGGUUCUUCCCGGAUAUUCGUCAAAGCUACCCAAUAGUAAAGAAGUUAAAAAUGAAUAAUCAGCUGGCACAGCUAUUAACCGGACAUGGUGGCUUCGGCGAAUAUCUCCAUAAAUAUAAGUUAAAAGACAAUCCUUUUUGUAAUUGCGACGGCGUUAGCCCGGAAUCGGUAGUACACGUAAUAUGCAAAUGUCCAAAGUUUGCUUAUGACAGAGCCAAAGUGGAACUGAUGAUGGGUUACGACGUAUUAGAAGAAAAUUUUCGUAACAUAAUUGCUAAUAGUAAAUGUAGAGAGAUAUUUUUGAAGUUUGCGCUAAAAAUUAUUCGGUCUGUUAAUAAAAAUAAUAAAAGCACUUCCAUAUAA